AUGGCAGAAGAGAUUGUUGACAGCGAGACUGUGGAGUACUCCCAGUUGUUGUUCCCGAAAUCCACAUUGGUGAAACCGUACGUGUUUCCAUUCCUAAUAAUCUACCCGCUCUAUUACAACGUCUACAGCAAGUACUACGACGUCUAUUUUGUUGGCAGAGAGUGGACAUUCAUCUACACACUUUUGCUGGUAUCGAUACAUGCGUUGAUCUGGCUUCUGCCAAGAUGGAACUUGGGCCUCAAGGUCAAAUUCCAGUACAACAAGGUGGACUCGCUCAAUGCCGCCACUCACAUUUUGAUGAAGGCAAAGCCUUCGCAUGGUAUGAGUGAAAUCUCGAAGAUCGAAAGGGCCCCAGGCCAGAUCUCCUUCAAGUACCAGAAGAGAAAGUUCAUCUACAGCCCAAAGGCAAAGAAGUUCUCCCCACCCAUCUAUUUCGUUGACGACAAGGACUUGAAAAUAUCAGAGAUCAAGUCGGUCAGAGGCUUGACCUCCGAUAAGGUUCCAUUCUUACAAAAGCAUUACGGCUCUAAUCUUUUUGACAUCCCUGUUCCAACCUUCACUGAGUUGUUUGUUGAGCACAUGCUUGCACCUUUUUUCGUUUUCCAGUUGUUCUCCAUAUCCUUGUGGUUGAUGGACGAAAUGUGGUACCUUUCGAUCUUCUCUUUGAUCAUGCUCUUCUCCUUUGAGGCUUCCACCGUCUAUCAGAGAAAGUCCACCAUGACGGAGUUCCAGAGCAUGGGUAUCAAGCCAUACGACAUCUGGGUUUACAGAGACAAACAAUGGGAGGAAAUAAAGACAGUAGACCUGCUACCGGGAGAUAUUGUCUCUAUCAUCAGAACCCCUCAUGAAGACUUGUCCAUUCCUUGUGAUAUGCUGUUGCUCCAAGGUUCUUGUAUUGUCAACGAAGCAAUGUUGUCUGGUGAAUCGACUCCGCUUUUGAAAGAAAGCAUUGAGAACAGAGAACACGACUCCACGUUCCAGCCGGAUGGUUUGGACAAGAACUCUCUGUUGCACGGUGGUACCUCAUGUCUUCAAAUCACCGUUCCAGAAAAGCCUGUCGUUCCUCUAGCGCCAGAUAACGGUGCAUUGGCUAUUGUUACUAAGACCGGUUUUGAAACCACCCAAGGUUCCUUGGUUAGAGUCAUGAUCUUCUCCUCCGAAAGAAUGUCUGUUGCUAAUAAGGAGGCAUUCUUUUUCAUCUUGUUUUUGCUUAUCUUUGCCAUUGUUGCCGCUAGAUAUGUUUGGGUCGAAGGUACCAAAAUGGGUAGAAAGCAAUCCAAGUUGAUCCUCGACUGUAUCAUUGUUUUGACUUCUGUUGUUCCACCUGAAUUACCAAUGGAAUUGACAAUGGCUGUUAACCAAUCUUUGGCAGCUCUUGCUAAGCAUUACAUUUUCUGUACCGAACCGUUCAGAAUUCCGGUUGCAGGUAGAAUUGAUGUCUGUUGUUUUGAUAAAACCGGUACUUUAACUGCUGAAGAUUUGGUCUUCGAAGGCUUGGCCGGUCUUAAAGAUGAUGAUGUGUCCCAGUUGUCCAAGCAUGAUUCUCCAGAAGUUCCAGCCAUCACUGUUGACUUGUUAGGUGCUGUGCAUGCCUUAGUUAGAUUGGAUGAUGGUGAAGUUGUUGGAGACCCAAUGGAAAAAGAAACUGUUAAAGCCUCUGGUUGGAAAUUAGAUGAAAAGGAAAAAAACACUAUGAUUGGUCACAACAAAAAGAUCAAGACUUUAAAGAGAUUCCAAUUCUCGUCGUCUUUAAAGAGAUCAUCUGUGAUUUCUAGAAUCGAUGGCAAGGUCUUGGUCGGUUGUAAGGGUGCCCCAGAAACGAUUUCCGAAAGAUUAUCCGUCAUUCCAUCGAACUACGAAAAGACCUACAAAUACUUUACCAGAAACGGUUCCAGAGUUUUGGCUCUAGCUUACAAAUAUUUGAACAGUGAAAAGAACCUAGACAAGGUUGAAAGAAAAUCUGUUGAAUCUGACUUAAUUUUUGCGGGCUUCAUUGUUUUCCACUGUCCAAUGAAAAGUGAUGCUGUUGACACCAUUCAAAUGUUAAACCAAUCCUCCCACAGAUGUGUUAUGAUUACCGGUGAUAAUCCUUUGACUGCUUGCCAUGUUGCCCGUCAAGUUGGUAUUGUUACCAAAGACACUUUGAUUUUAGAUAAGCCUGAAAGCAAUCAUUCUGGUGAUUCGUCGCUUGAGUGGAGAAAUGUCGAAGAAACUAGAGUUAUCCCUGUUAAUAACGAUAUUACGUUCGAUAUGAAAUUUUUAAAGGAAAACGAUUUAUGUAUCACCGGUUAUGCUUUGAAUGAGCUGAUUGAUCAUCCACAAAUCAGUACUUUGAUCAGAUACACUUGGAUUUAUUCAAGAGUCUCCCCAGCUCAAAAGGAAUACAUUUUGAACACUUACAAAGGUCUCGGCUACAACACCCUUAUGUGUGGUGAUGGUACCAAUGAUGUCGGUGCCUUGAAGCAGGCAAACGUUGGUAUUGCCUUAUUGAACGGUACCGAAGAGUCUUUGAAGCAAAUUCAAGAAAACAAGAAAAUAGAAGCAUACCAAAAGAUGUAUCAGAAGCAAUGCGAGUUGAUGUCGAAAUGGAAUCAACCGCCACCAAAGAUUCCUGUUCAAAUUGCCCACUUGUACCCACCAAGUCCUUUGAAUCCAAAUUAUUUGAAAGCGCUCGAACAACACGGUACCGAAGUUACUGAUGAAAUGAGAAAACUGGCGGAAGAAGCUGCUGCUGAAUCCUCUGUUAUUGACGCUAAACCAGGCUCAAAUACAGAGAAAAUGGCUGGUAAUAUCUUAUCCAGUUUGCAAGAGGCACAAGAAGAAGAAGAGGCCCCAGUGUUGAAAUUGGGUGACGCUUCUGUUGCUGCGCCUUUCACAUCCAAGUUGGCCAAUGUCACCACAGUUGUUAACGUCAUCAGACAGGGUAGAUGCGCCUUGGUGUCGACCAUCCAGAUGUACAAGAUAUUGGCUUUGAACUGUUUAAUCUCUGCAUACUCCUUGUCCGUCUUGUACUUGGCUGGUAUCAAGUUCGGUGACGCACAGGCUACUGUUUCCGGUAUUUUGCUCUCCGUCUGUUUCAUGUCGAUUUCCAGAGGUAAGUCCCUUGACAAGUUGUCGAAGGAAAGACCACAACCUGGUAUCUUCAACAUCUACAUCAUGGGCUCGAUCUUGGGACAGUUUGCAGUCCAUCUGACUGCGUUGAUUUACAUCACCAAGGAGAUUUACAUUUUGGAGCCACGUGAGCCGCAAAUCGACCUCGACAAGACGUUCUCGCCUUCUUUGCUCAACACUGCGAUGUUUUUGAUCCAGCUCUCCCAACAGGUGAGUACCUUCACCGUCAACUACAUCGGCAGACCUUUCAGAGAGUCUAUACACGAAAACAAGGGGAUGUACUAUGGUAUCAUGGGUGUCGCCUUUUUGUGCCUCUCCGGCUCCACCGAGUUCAUGCCCGAGUUGAACCAGGCCAUGCAGUUCGUCCCUAUGGUUCCGGCCUUCAAGUUCAAGUUGACUGUUACCAUGAUUUUGGACUUCUUCAUUGCGUGGAUCAUCGAGAUCAGCUUGAAGUACUUCUUCAUGGACUUCAAGGCUGCCGACAUCGCCGACCGGGCCUACGACGACGACAGCAACGUCACCACCUCCGACGAGGAGAAGAAGACCCAGUAG